GCUCGGGCUCUGCGCGGGGCCGGGGGCGCGGGUGCCUGGGGAGCCCGCGUCCCGCUCCGAGAGCCCCGACGGGCGGUCGCGCUGCUCGGGGCCCAUCGGCCGAAGACUCGUGUCGCUCUCCGCAGCGUCGCCAUGUCCUCGGUGUUCGGAAAACCCCGCGCGGGCAGCGGGCCGCAGAGCGCGCCGCUCGAAGUCAACCUGGCCAUCCUAGGGCGCCGCGGGGUCGGCAAGUCCGCCCUGACUGUGAAGUUUCUGACCAAGAGGUUUAUCAGCGAAUAUGAUCCUAACUUGGAGGACACCUACAGCUCUGAGGAGACUGUGGACCACCAGCCUGUCCACCUGAGGGUCAUGGACACUGCGGACCUGGACACCCCCAGGAACUGUGAGCGCUACCUGAACUGGGCCCACGCCUUCCUUGUGGUGUACAGUGUCGACAGCCGCCAGAGCUUCGAGGGCAGCAGCAGAUACCUGGAGCUGCUUGCUUUGCACACCAAGGAGACACAGCGCGGCUCCCCUGCUCUGUUGCUGGGCAAUAAGCUGGACAUGGCCCAGUACAGGCAAGUCACCACGGCAGAGGGCGCGGCGUUGGCAGGCAGGUUCGGGUGCCUGUUUUUCGAGGUCUCUGCCUGCCUGGACUUCGAGCACGUGCAGCAUGUCUUCCAUGAGGCAGUACGGGAGGCCCGGCGGGAGCUAGAGAGAAGCCCCCUGGCCCGGCCCCUCUUCAUCUCUGAGGAGAGGGCGCUGCCUCACCAGGCCCCGCUCACUGCCCGGCAUGGGCUGGCUAGCUGCACCUUCAACACACUCUCCACUGUCAGCCUGAAGGAGAUGCCCACCGUGGCCCAGGCCAAGCUGGUCACUGUGAAGUCAUCCCGGGCCCAGAGCAAGCGCAAGGCGCCCACCCUGACCCUACUGAAGGGCUUCAAGAUCUUCUGAGGGCUCCUUGUCAGGAACCUCUGACUUGGUGGCAGAGUAGGGCAGAGGUACAGGGGCUGGUUUGUCAACACUGGCCUUGCCCUCUAAUGGACAACUGACCCCACCUCCAGCACCAAGCAGUGUCCCUACACUCAGUUCACUGUGUGAGCUGGACAGACAGGCAGGGAUGCUGCUGUUGUUCCCUCCAGGCCUCAGUCUCCAUGGUAACCACUGCAUCUGUGACCCUGGAGGGAAACAGCCACUGUGACAAUCCAGAGUCCUGGGGUCAGCCUUAAGCAGGAAGAAAUUGCAGGGUCCAUCCUGCUGCCAUCACCCCUUCCUUCUCCAGCUACUGCCGGGCCAGCUGUGGAUGGCUCUGGGUGGACAGCUCUGAGAGGCUCAGUCAAUUUGUAGGCCUGAGAACAGCCCUCGGGAGGGACAGCCCUGAGGUCCUAGCGCCACCUGGUGGACGGGAAGGACAGGGCAGCUGUGGGUUUCCUAGGCUGGAGCCUGGCCCUCCUGUCCUCUCCUGCCCUUUUGUCCUUUUCUGCCCUAGGCAACAAACCCCACAGUUUAUCCAAGGACAAUCUAGUUAAAAAAAAAAUCCUAUGGGGCAGCCUGGGCAGGGCAAAUAAGUCCCAGGAAGGGAUAUUUCCAGCACUUUGUGUCUCAGUGAGGGUAGAAGGGAGGGGCUGUGGGUUGUCCAGGGUAGGGAGCCUCCAGCUUUUUUCCUGCAGUCAGGGUCCCCUUGUCUUCCCACUGCUAAGGACUCUGUCCAUGGACCCUCAGGACCAACCUCCUCAAGUGUAAUGAUCCAGGCUACAGAACAAAGUUGUUCCCUGCAGUGACAGUUACCCAGGUCUCCAGGGAGCCCACAGCUGGCAGUAUAUCAGAUGCCAUCUGUGGGCAUUGUUAGCCUGCCCACUUGUAGGUAGAAACACGGUAUGCUCAUUAGUAGUCUGGUUUGGCAGGACCCAGUACCCUCAGCAGUGGUCUGAGUGUUCAAAGCCCACUUUUGUAAGGCAGAACCUAAAACAUUUUGGGUUAAUAAAGUAAAUGCUUGCAUAAAUUAUUUGGUGUUACCUCCACACCUUAUACCCCAACACCAUGGCUCAGACAUGGGAUCAGGACACUCCUUUGGAAUCCCACUGUUAGCAAGGCAGGGAGUGCCAUAGUUUUCUAACUUUGUUUACCACGGGCUGGUCCAAAGGAAGUCUUUCAUGACUCCUUAGCAAAUAAGCAGGUAAAGGAGAGGGCUCUGAUGGGUGAAAGGGUUGGGAAGAGGAUUCUGAGCCUGGAAUCCAGCUCCUUCCCCUCUCAGCAGUCCCAGGAGCUUGGAUUGAAAGCAACCCAGUCUUCAGCUCCGUUCUAUAGAUGGAGAAGCUGAGGACAGAGGGAGGCUGUGAACUAUGAAGGACCACAUGCUGAGAGUCCUGGCCAGGCUAUCUGACCACAAACCAGCUACGGAUUUUGCACUUUUGUUCCAAGCCACUUGUGUGUGUGUGGACCACCACCAUUUGAACAAACUAUGCAAUUCCAACUGCUUACU